AUGUCCUCCAUUGCUUUUGAUUUCGGGAAUUCGUAUGCCGUGGCGUCUGUCCCUCGUGCUCGAGGUAUUGAUCUAGUGCUAUCUGAUACCUCCAAUCGCCUGAUACCGUCCUGUGUUUCUUAUACUUCUGAGCGUCGUUUCAUGGGCGACAUGGGAAUUGGGCAGCGUACGAGCAACAGACGGGCAUGCUUCUUCAAUCUCCCGAUGCUACUCAACGAGGACUUUGGUUCCCAUGCAGUUCAACGCGUCCUCUCGUUGGGGGCUGAGUUUGUCCUGACGGAGGAUCCAAGCACCCACAAGGCUUAUGGAAAGGUUUUCUACGGAGGACAAGAGCAUCAUAUCUCAACGGAAAACAUGACAACCGCGAUUCUUGGCAAGGUGCGUGACUUCGCCAACUCCAUGGACAAUGUCAGCUUGUCCGACUUUGUCGUCGGGUGCCCUGGGAACUGGAACCAUAGUAAGCGUACUGCGCUUCGUGCCAGUUGUGAGGCCUUGGGGCUUACUUGUAACGGCGUGGUCACUCAACACAUGGCCGCUGCUGUGACGUACUAUGUGAAACGGAACGCCGACUUUCGGGCGAUGAGUCCCGACAACCAAGGUAUUUAUCUCGGCAUCCUCUCCAUUGGCGAGCUCCAGUCCUUCUUUUCAAUUCUCCGCAUCCACAAAGCAGGAAUUCAGUGUGUUUUUGCGGAGUAUGAUGACACUGUUGGUGCUGCAGAUUUUGACAAGAUCCUCUACAAUCUUGUCUGUGAGCAAAUUAAGUCCAAAUUCAAGCAGAUCUCGCCAGAUGAGCUUCGUUCAGGGAAGAACUUCACGAAGAUCAUGAAGGCAUGUAACGCUGCCAAGAAGGUGCUAUCCAUUAAUAGUAAGGCCCCUGUGCAUAUUGAAUGCCUCGGAGAUGCGCAGAUAGAUGUGAAUUGCAUGGUAACAGCCCAGGAGUUCGAGGAGCUAAGCUUCAAGAGCGGACUCAUGGAGAAGCUUGAAGUUAUGAUAAUGCGAGGUUUGCAAGUGGUUAAGGGGAUCGAUAAUGUUGAGGCUUUUGAACUCAUCGGAGGGGCUAGCCGUAUGCAGGCUGUCAAGACCCUUAGUGAAAGAUUAUUUACGGCGCAGAAGAUAACGAAGCGACUGAAUCCUGACGAGUGCAUUGUUGUGGGUUUGGGGUGGAUAGCUGCAAUACGGUCUCCACGCCAGAAGGUUGCUUUUUCGAUCGAGAUGGUGGAUAUUAUUUCUAAUAUCCAGGGGCCUAUUUCGUUAGACAUAAUCCACAAGGAGACGAUGUCGUCGGUCUAUCAAACUCCUCUUAAGGUGUUCCAGCGUGAUGAUGUUUAUCCCUGUAGCAGAAAAGUCUCCAAGACGCUUUCUCCUGGCGAAUAUAUUGCCAGGCUCGUAGACAUUUCCACGGGCAUCAUUCACGAGGAGUCUACAAUUACGGUGGUUCCGCGAAACACUGCGCAAUUUGGUGAAUUUUCUCCCGAAGAUCUGGCUAAGCACAACAUUUCCCUAGACAAUGUGGAUGUCACUAUGACUUUGAAGAUGACAUGCGACACUGAAGGAUUCUUCCAUUUCACGCAGAUAAGGCGUACGGAUCCUACUGUUCGCGUGAAGAGGGUUCUACGUGAACAGCCAAAUCCAAAAUGGACCGAAGAAAUAGAGGCACAGGAAGCAGAGAGGGAGAAGGCCGCAGAAGCACAGUACGCCGAUGAACUGGCUCAGCAUGAGGCAAAGCUGAAGGAACUAAACGAGGCACUUUCUACCGCUGCAGACGCCAAUAAGGACGCACUAACAAAGGACAUAGCCGAUCACAAGGCAAAGGCGCCGAAGAAGCAGAUCGUCGUCCGCACGCCAAAGAUGGUUCAAGUGUCCGUUGAGGAGAAAGACUUAACUACAGAGAUCACCAAUGUUGAUCGCAAGGUCCUUAUAAAUAUCGGUGAAACGGCAGAUCUGGCUAAGCAGCUUGAGGACUUCGAGAAGUGUUGCAAGGAGGUCGACCGCAAGGCUCUCCGCUAUGAGCACGCCCGCAAUACUUUUGAGUCCCUUGUCUACGAUACAAGAAAUAAUAUGGAUUGGGGGAAGUUCGCUGAGUUUACGACUGAGGAAGACAAGAGGAAGAUUAUUCCUCAUCUUGACGAGCACAGCGCUUUCAUUAGCAGCAUCGAAGGGCCUCACCAGACCGCUGAGAUCGAAGAGCGCAUUCAGAGGCUCGAAAACGAAAUCCGCUUCCUUCAUGAGCGUAAGGAGUCCCAUGAUUCAGCCGACCUUCGCUUGAUGAGCUUGCGCAGCAGUGUAGACUCUCUUUUAGAGAGAUGGCCAGCAAAUGGUGUUAAUAAUGAAGCUCGGGACAGGCUAACAGCAUUCUAUGCAGAAUGUGAGAAAGCUGUUCGACAAGCGUCUAAGCACGAGCUCGCCCCACUAACUCUUUUUGAGGAUGCGGAUCGACGUCUUGCAGACUUUGAAAAGGCUCUCCAGGCUAAGGCGGAGCCCGCAAAGUCCGAUAAUACAUCUGAUGCAGCUCCAAAAGAGGCUGACAAAAGUAAAUGA